AUGCUCGAAGAGGACCUGUACAUGGACCAUCCGAGGCCUGAAGGAAAGCGGGAGGUGAAGAGGUCGAGGUUUCUCGACCCUGACCAAGGAUGGACAGAGGGGCCCAGAAGAAAGAGAACAGUUCAGAUGCAGAGUCCGGAUGGCGUCCCUAACAAAGGGCGCGGAGGAGCCCUGCAAUGUGCUCUUUGUCGAUGCCAAGUGUUGCCUCAGCUCAUGAGUAAACACCUCGUAUCCUUCUACCACAGUAACAGAGUCCGCAGCGCCCCUGAAAUAGCCGGCCGUCUCGCCAUGGACCACAUGGGAGACAUCGUACGCCAGGCGCCCUUCCAGUGCGGCCCUUGCAGCUUCUACUGCAACACCAUGCAGACAUUCCUCUGGCACUGGGGCAGUAAGGCUCAUCAACUGAAGGACACUCAGAUCGAAGGCUACUACUGCUGCCCGAUUUGCAGAGUGGAAGUCGUCAGCAGCGCACAGAUGUAUCAGCAUUUGCUGAGCUCCAGACACAAAGAAAGCGUCGCCAUAAUCAACGGCUCAGUUCCCAUCGUAAUGCAGAAAAAGAGGAUCAUAGAAUGUGACGUGUGCCACAAGCUGUUUGGUCUCAACAUUAAACUCCGCCAUCACAGCAAGUCCACUGGCCAUCCUCAGACUAACAGUUCUGCUUCAGACAAACACCAGGAGAGAGAAGCGUGUCCCCAGUGUCCCAUGGUGACAUCCAGCAGACUGUCACUUCAGCGACAUCUCGCGGCGGCGCACAAGGAUGCAGAGGGGCAUUUCUUCUGCAGCGUAUGCGAUGUCAACUUCAAGACUGCAGCAGAAGCAAAAGCACACCGGUCUUCUACUGACCACAAAGACGUUAUGUUGGCGAAGCAAGGGGACGCUGAGUUGGCUAAAGUCUGCUGCCACUGCUAUGGUAUUUUUGCCGGCAUUAAUGAGCUUAAAAAGCACUUGAAAGAAGAACAUCCACAAAUGGCGUACAGGUGUAUCAAAUGUGGUGCCCGCUUCACUCUCAAGCAGGAGCUGGCCCGCCACGCUCAUGUUGGAUGUGGAGGAUUUGUCUCUCCGACAUCCCUCACUUCCCAAACUGCAGAAGCUGCUUCUGUAUCUGCCUUCCAAUGUACUAAAUGUGGCUUCUCCUCCGACUCUGAGGCGGAAUUCUUACUACAUACUGCUCUUCACGAGGGCCCCGUCCAAGAUGGAGACGUUCGGCGCUAUAAGGUGUUUCUGAAGAGUUCGCUACGGAAGCAUCUACACUCUCACACAGGCGAGCGUCCUUAUUCUUGUUUACUGUGCAACGCAGAAUUCUCAAGAAAGGAUGUUCUGGAGAACCACGUGUUGGGCGUUCACUGCCUCAAAAGGUCCGGAGACUCCUGGCAGCCUCAGUCUGAGCGGAAGAAGACCUUCAGUUGUGACGUGUGCGGCGCUGCCUUCUAUGACAAGUUAACCGAGCUCGCUGUCAACCGACAGUGUUUCAUUGUUUGUGCCAAAAAACUUCCACUCCAACCCCUAGCUGUGGUCAUCUUGUCAACCAGACCUAUAUACGCUAUAUACGCUCACUUUACAAUCAUGAUACACUUACUAUACACUCCAACUCCUAGCUGUGGUCAUCUUGUCAACUAG